AUGAGCAUCUCACCAUAUCCAUUGUACGCAUUCCACGUAUUGGAAUCCAGAUUGUUAAGCCAUAGUGUGAAAUACCCUUUACAACUUUUCAAAAAUCUUACCAGCUCUUCAGGGGGUAAAGAUGGUGAUACUGAUUCACCUUUAUUUGUUACAUGGGAUAUUGAAAAAAAUGGUGAAAAUUCAUUAAGAGGUUGUAUUGGAACAUUUGCAGAUCAACCAUUGGAAAAAGGUAUAAAAGAAUAUGCUGAAAUUUCAGCAUUUCAAGAUCCAAGAUUUGAUGCAAUUUCCCCUGCAGAAUUCUCAAAAUUAUCAGUUGAUAUAACAUUAUUACAAAAUUUUACUAGAGGAGAAGAUGCCUUAGAUUGGGAAUUAGGUAAACAUGGUAUUCGUAUUCAUUUUAAUUAUAAAGGAUCUGUUAAGAGUGGGACUUAUUUACCUUCAGUUGCUGUUGAUCAAGGUUGGACUAAGGAUUGGACUAUUAUUAAUCUGAUUGCUAAAGCUGGUGGGGAUGCUAAAAAAGUUGAUUUUGGUAGUAUUCAAUUGACAAGGUAUGAAGGUAUCAAAAGUGGUAUUGAUUAUAGAGGUUAUAAAGAAUUUAUGAAUAAGAAUGGGUUAGAAACGGUAUUAUGA